UAUAGAUAUAUAGGGAAAAUCUUAUUACUGUUUAUAAACAUUAUGUGGAGUAAAACUGAUGAAUAUUUUGUAUAUUAUGUGCAACACACGUAACAACUUCCUGAUACUUACAGUAGCUGCCGCACUCGCAUCUAGCCAGACAGUUAGCACUGAAAGCCCUCACCGUCUUCAACUUUUCACUUGCUUUUCUGAUAUAUGUAAUGUACAUGGAGAAGAUCAGUUUUGCAGUGAAAGGGAAAGAAAAUGCCGAAAUUGCCAAGAAAUUGUUGAUGAUUGCCUCGAACCAGCACUGCCACAGAACUGCACAAGAUGGUGUAUAAAUUUCCAUAUACAGAAAGAACGGAAGAAAGAGAAGGAAACAGCAUGCAAGGACAUAGGUUUGAUACGAAACGGAAGUCAUAAUGGUUCAUUGACUCAACCACAAGUGCCUGGUGACGUCAUUGCAAUAAACUGCGAUCCCGGAUAUCACAUCUCUGGUUCGAAAACACUUGAGUGCAAGGUGUAUGGUCAAUGGUCACAUGACAUUCCCACUUGCCAAGGAAUAAAAUGCCCGAUGCUACCAGCUGUAUCUAAUGGUCGUCAUAAUGGGUCUACAACCAUUCCAAAUUCAUUAGGGGACGUAGUGAGUGAGGUAUGUAACCAUGGUUACCAACGUAUCGGCCCGGAUUCGACAACGUGCAGUACUAUCGGUGUUUGGAGCAACCAAUUGCCAGUUUGUCGAAAAAUACAGUGCCCUUUACUUCAUGAAGUGGAAAACGGAAAACAUAAUGGAUCCUUACGAACACCUCACGUUCCCGGUGAUAUGAUUGUGUCCAGCUGUGACGAUGCAUACCUAUUAUUAGGUACGAGCUCAACAGUGUGUAACAGCCAAGGUUUCUGGACAGAUCCGUUGCCAAGGUGCCAAGUUAUAGAGUGUACACCACUUCCAAAAAUUAAGAAUGGAAAAUGGUCUGGUGUUCCCCACUCUGACAUACCGAGAUUAAAGGUAUCGCAUACAAUACAUGCCACCUGUAACGAAGGUUACAGCUUAAGAGGUCCUGACAAAUGGGAAUGUUCAGUGAAUGGAAACUGGUAUAGCCAUGAUGAGUUAUACAUGCCUUACUGCAUCAAAGACUACAUAAAUGGAUGGAUGAUUGCAGCGUGUGUUGAGGGUGGUUUAAUUAUCCUGGCGCUCAUCCUGCUGCUCUGUUGGCUAUAUACACGUCGGAAUAAACAGAAAUAUCAGUCUAUAAAGGGACAUGAAGACAAAUUUAAGAAUGACGAAAUGACUCUCAUGAUUGAAAUUGACGAUAAAGAAAAAGAUACUGAAAGGUUGCAUCUUCAAGCAAAACCAAGUCCACCAAGAGAUAUAUCACUACAUAGUCAGCGACUGCAAAGAGAAACACAAAACAAACAAGCUGAAGUAAAAAACAGUACUGGACAGUCCGAAUCCAACAGAAACAGAGAUUAUUCCCCCAACAUACCACAUCCGAGUAAUGUAUUUGGUGCUAGUCGAACACAGCGUUACAAAGGACAAAACAUACCUGGAAAGUGCGAAACAAAUAGACAGUCACAAGAUCCCCCGAAUAUACGAUCUGAGAGUUCCGCAACUGAUGUAAGCCGGGCAGAGCGUUCUGAAGUUCGAAACAUACAGGGGAAGUCGGGGUCAAAUAGACAGAGAGAAGAUCCCCCGAACAUACCAUCUGGGAGUUCAUCAACUGAUACAAGUCAAAGAGAUCGUUAUGAAGAGCAAAACAUACAAGGGGAGACGGGGUCGAAUAGAGAGAGAGAAGAUCCCCCGAACUUACGAUCCGGGGGUUCCUUAUUCGAUGCAAGUCAAAGAGAUCGUUCUGAAGAGCAAAACAUACAGGAGGAGAUGGGGUUAAAUAGACAGAGAGUAUAUCCCCCGAACAUACCAUCUGGGAGUUCCGCAACCGAUGCAAGUCAAAGAGAUUGUUCUGAAGAGCAAAACAUACAAGGGGAGACGGGGUCAAAUAAACAGAGAGAAGAUCCCCCGAACAUACGAUCCGGGGGUUCCGUAUUCGAUGAUCGUUCUGAAGGUCCAAAUAUACAUGGAUUUACUUUCAACAUAAACCUCACUGCAAACAACUCAGCUGACAAUAACAACUUGUUUGAAUAUGGCAGUAGGACUGACUCCAGACAUCAAGUGUCAAAGACAGGCGGUUCAGCCCCUCAAACACCACAGACAACACAAAGAGAAAUGGACGACUUAAAGGCGGAAGAAGAAAAGUCACCAAUACAGGAAUCCGGGAUAUUUCAGUCCUCCCAGCCGCAGGCUUCGUGUGUCACUGAAGAUGAAUUGGCAUCUUUCAGGAGUAUAAAUGAUCCUCUGGGAUCCUUUGGUAGUACAUCCACGAAUGAAAACCUUGAAGACGACGGUAAUUUGAUACGUGGUUUGGCUGUACAACAGAGUGCCAACAUGGAACAAGACACGGCUCGUAAGUUGGCAAUGCCUAAUGGUGACUUGAAUACAGAUGAUAUCAAUGCUGACGUAUUUAAUGAACAGUUUGGAGGCAAUGGCCGACAGAUAAAUGGUUUGGCUGCACAACAGAGUGCUAACAUGGUACAAGAAACUGCUCGUAAGUUGACAAUGCCUAAUGGUGACUUAAAUACAGUUGAUACAAAUGCUGACGUAUUUGAUGAACAGCAUGGGGGCAAUGGCGGUCUCAUAAAUGGCUUGGCUGUACAGCAGAGUGCCAACAAUGAACAAGACAUUGCUCGUAAGUUGGCAAUGCCUAAUGGUGACUUAAAUACAGAUGAUAUAAAUGUUAAAGUAUUUAAUCAACAGCUUGGAGGCAACGGCCGCCGGAUAAAUGGUUUGGCUGCACAACGGAGUGCCAACAAUGAACAAGACACUGCUCGUAAGUUGGCAAUGCCAAAUGGUGACUUAAAUACAGUUGAUAUCAAUGCUGACGUAUUUGAUGAACAGCUUGGGGGCAAUAGCGGUCUGAUAAAUGGUUUGGCUGUACAGCAGAGUGCCAACAAUGAACAAGACACUGCUUGUAAGUUGGCAAUGCCUAAUGGCGACUUAAAUACAGAUGAUAUCAAUGAUGACGUAUGA